AUGGCAGUCGAAGCCGCUCGCCUACCUACGCCAGCUUUCAGGUUGCGGGAGGACGAGCUUCCGCCAGAGCUCAUACUGUCUAUCGAACGUAUCCUUGAGCUGCACACGACUUCGGACACGGAUCCUCUGGACAAGCUCACGAAUGAUUUUGAUCCCAUAGGAGUCCUAAACGAGUACUUUCCCGACGAGGCUGCGCUGGGACAGUUAGAAGCCGUUCAGGAGCGACUGGCACAAUAUGAGCGGGACCUCCAGGCAGAGAUCAAUGCGCUCCGGGAGGAACUGCGUAAGGACCAGGACCCGAGCAGAAUGCAGCUCAUACAGGAGAUGAUUUCGGACCUUCUUGGCCAAAUGUCCCGGAUACGCGAGAAGGCCACGGAGUCCGAGGCUGUAGUCCGAAACAUUACCAAGGAGAUCCAGGUCCUUGACUUGGCCAAGAAGAACCUCAUCCUGAGUAUGACGACGCUCAAAAGGCUGCAAAUGCUUGUGAACGCGUUAAGCCAGUUGGAGGACCAGAUCAAGGAGCGGAAGUACCACGACAUUGUACAGUCGCUCGCAGCAGUCAAGCAGAUCGGCCAGUCAUUCAAGCCUUAUACCUCCGUGCCGCGGAUAGCCCGACUAUGGCGGCGCAUACAGGAGAUCCAAACAGAGAUACGCACAAUGAUUGACCAGGAUUGGGACAAGUUCUAUAUGCAGGAUCCUGCAAAGCCCAUAAAGCCAGCUGUGGUCGCAGAUGCUUGCCUUGUCCUAGACGUCUUGGGUCCGGAAGUCCGCGCUCAGUUCGUUGAGCGCUAUGUCGCACUGGAGCUAAAGGAAUACCGUCGCAUAUUCCGUGCUACUGAUGAGGCAGGGCAGCUAGACAAUAUAUCCCGGCGCUUUGCGUGGUUCAGACGAUUGCUCCAGACACAUGAGACUGAACAAGGCCGAGUUUUCCCUGCCGAGUGGAAAACUGGCUGGUUCUUGACCGCAAAGUUUAUCGAGAUCACAAGAGAUGACAUGACAGCGUUGCUGUCGAAAGCAGGGUCAAAACUUACCGUGAAGCAGCUCCUCGAUACCCUGGCCGAGACGAUGGAGUUCGAGGCAUCAGUGGUUAAGAAGUUUUCCACUCCUGUGCGCGAAAUCUUGAAGGCGACGACGCCAGUGAACGCCACGCGCCCAUCGAAACCCAUCACGUCCGCAUUUGAGGCGCACAUGGGUGUCUAUAUUGACGCACAGGACAAAAUCCUGUCAGACAUGCUCGCGCAAUAUCGAGGCUCCAAGUCUCGCUCCUCUCUAGAGGCCAUAUCUACCUCGAGCAGCGCGGACGACGAAGGGGCACCCCCGGUCCUCGUCCUUCCAUCGUCUACCGAGCUGUUCUACUUCUACGCCCAAACGCUCGACCAGUGCGCCAGGUUAUUCACGGGCCAGCCGCUGUACGACCUAUGCGCUCUGUUCAAGAAGUGGUUGCGCAUAUAUGCGGAGGAGGUACUUGUGCAGAGUUUGCGAAGACCGGCGAACUUCACGCGAAAGUCCGUAGACACCCGAUACGACCUUGCUGAACUCAAAAAUGCCUGCACGCUCAUCAACACGGCCGAUUACUGCCAGACAACGGCUCUUGAGCUCGAGGAAAACAUCAGGGAGAAAUGCGAUGAAGCUUUCAAGGAGAAAAUCACGCUACAGGAGGAGCGGGACCUCUUUGUGAGCGCGAUCUCUGCAGCAAUUGGUGUGAUGCUUCGUGUGCUCGAAUCCGCCAUAGAAUCACCGUUUAACAUGCUCUCGCGUACACCUUGGACGACCGUGAAGCUGGUCAGCGGGCAGUCUGCCUAUGUCCAGGACCUGCUCAGCAUUAUUCAACAAAUCGCUGAGGCGGUCAAGCCGCUGGUUGAGCAGAAGAAGUAUAUAAGAAAUUACUUUGAUAAGGCGGCAAGUACGGUGUUGGCCAAGUUCACGAACGCUCUGGUGAAGAGCAGGCCAUUGCUGGAGAUCGGCGCAGAGCAGCUCUUGAUCGAUCUGCAAGCUAUCAAGGCCUGCCUCUUGAAGAUACCCGGAGAAGCACUCACGACGUCAAACUACACAAAGAGUGUGAACAAGCACACGACCAGGUUGGAAGCGCUGCUGAAGGUCAUCGUGACCCCGGUGGAUCCCGCUGAAGGUUUUAUUCUCAACUACACACUGGUCAUCGGCGACGCCUCCUUCUCCAACUUCCAGAAGAUCCUCGACCUCAAGGGUACGCCCAAGGCCGCACAGAACGACCUCCUCGACUCCUUCCUUACCAUCACGAGCACCAAACCCGAGCUCGAGAGCACGUCUUUCCUCUCCUCGCUCGACAUGGACCCGGGCUCCAUUGCGAACCUGACAAGCCCCGGAAGCAGCCGCGUGUCGCUCAUUCCGGGCGCCACGGCGGGCGAGAGCAUUCUCGCGGCGCUGUCGUCGCCCCAAGUGGCGAACGCCCCGUCAACUGGCUCUGAUGGAGUUAGGUCCGACCAGGCGAGCAAGCGGGAAGUGUUCUCGGACUUUAAGCGAUUUGUCAGCUUCGGGCUGAGGAGAGAGACACUGCCUCCGUCUUAG